GACCCGAGCCGCAGAGACACCCACCCCACCCGAGGAGAAAAGAAAGGAUUUUCGUUUCGUUUUCGUCCGCUUCCGCCCCCGCUCCGUCGUCCUCACGCGACCAGCAGCUUGACUCCCUCCCGCACCGCACGCACGAGCAGCAGGAAGAUGCAGAUCUUCGUCAAGACCCUCACGGGGAAGACCAUCACCCUCGAGGUCGAGAGCAGCGACACCGUCGACAACGUCAAGGCCAAAAUCCAGGACAAGGAAGGGAUUCCUCCGGACCAGCAGCGUUUGAUAUUUGCUGGCAAGCAGUUGGAGGAUGGACGCACGCUUGCUGACUACAACAUUCAGAAGGAGUCGACUCUUCACUUGGUCCUCAGGCUCAGGGGCGGCACGAUGAUCAAGGUCAAGACUCUCACUGGGAAGGAGAUCGAAAUCGACAUUGAGCCCACCGACACGAUUGACAGGAUCAAGGAGCGCGUUGAGGAGAAAGAAGGCAUUCCUCCUGUGCAGCAAAGGCUGAUAUACGCUGGUAAGCAGCUUGCAGAUGACAAGACUGCCAAGGACUACAACAUCGAAGGUGGCUCGGUCCUCCAUCUUGUCCUUGCUCUGAGGGGUGGUUACUAGUUAAGCUGUAAUGGAAACACUUGCCUCCUGAGAGAAGUGACCAUUGGUGGCAUGGAACCUGUGUUGGUGUUGCAAAGAGAUAAUAACAAACUAGCUUUGCUUAGUGGGAGGGGCUGUCUUCCAUGUUAUCUGCCUAUAUGAUUUGACAAAACUACUCGCAACUUUA